UGCUGGCGCUUCUUUUGUUUUGUUUUGCUUCUUUCAUCUUUCUUCCGCUUCUCGAGCGACUCUCUGCUCCGUUUUGUUGAUAUCUCCAGGAGGUUUCGUGUUCUCUUUAAUUUCUACUUACUCUUCGGGCUUCCUUUGCUUGCCUCUCGAGCUACAGCACCAUUUCCCUGUUUUUAAUGAUCUGUUGAUCACGAAUUUCCAACCCCUCAUCAACCAUGGCAGGAACACCCUUCAAAUUUUUGAGACUUUUCACCAACUUGAGCCUCACCAAGAAUGUUGCUAUUACCAGAAACCCUCCAGUAGUUCCAGCAAUCCAACAACUUGUUGGGUGUUUGGAUUUUAAACCAUUAGCGACAAUCUCAAUUCCAGGAAAACCCAAGAAACCAAAGACUGCCUUCAUUGAAUUCUACGUUUCUAGGCUGCCAUUGCUCACAAAACAAAAUCCUGGAAAGUCUGCGAAGGACCUUGUAAAAUUAGCAAGUAUACAGUGGAAAGUGUGCGAUCCUGCAGAGAAAUCCAAAUUAGUGGAGGAAGCCAAAAAGCAGUAUGCAGAAUACUUGGUUGCCAAAGAGUCUUUUGAAACUUCAAUUUCUCCAGAAAUGAAAGAGAAGAUGAUCUCCUUUAAAGAAAAACGAAAAGAGCGCAGAAGGAAGUUGGCUGCCAAAAAAUUAGGCAAACCUGUAAAACCAUUGACAGUGUGGUCUUCGUUUGUGGCCUCUAAAGGGGGUGAUAGACGAGAUAAAUCCUUUGCAGACUUUAUUAAACAGGUAUCAGAACAAUGGUACCAGGUGGAUCUAAAAACAAAGCAAAAGUUAAGUGAAGCAUACCAACAAAAAUUGGCCGUGUACAAGGUAGAAUUGGACAAGUGGGAAGAUGAGAUGAUACGCACUGGACAUCCAGAGCUUAUUAGACCUGGAAGACAAAUCCGAUCAAGAACUAAACUUGGAAAGUACAUAAAGCAAAAAUCUAGUAAAAAAGAUACGUCUGAUGAGUGAUGUUCUCAGGAAGUAGGUUCAGUGAAGGCAUGUUUGUUUGAGAAAAAUUGUUUAUUUUUCUAUCAUGUAGAUAUUACUACCAUUAAUACCUCUCAGAAUUCUCCUUAAGUUGAAGUAAAUAACCUCAUGUGACUGUCGGUCCAGGAUGCCGCUCAUAAAUUCGUACGUAAGUGUACCUGAAUUGAUUUCCUUUAACUUCCACUCAAGACCAAAGACUUCAACCUACUAUCAGUUGGCUUUUGUUUGCUGUGAAUUCUUGGUGGAAUUAAAGUGGUCAACCUUUUAUUGAAGUCAUGAAUAAACUUAAAUUUUAGUCAUUGUU